AUGACGUUUGGCUUUGCAGGCUCAGGUUUUACGUCACUGCAGAAUUCGACGCAGUCAGCAGCUCUGCCUCAUGCUAGGGCGUGGGGAAGUCUAUGCAGGUUAAACUUUGUUUUCAUUCUUUGGAUCUCAAUGAUACUCUUGUGCUCGAGUUACCCAGUUGUCCCUUCCACGAGCAGCAAUCCUUUUUAUUUGAAUUGCCAGCUGUAUGGAAAAUCUGAUUACUGCCUCGUCCUGCUGAAUAACUGCUUAGCCAAGGUGGGCAGGAAUGAAGAACUGGCUUUUUUAAAGCCUUACCUGGAGAUGCCUUUCAAUAAACGGUCCUUUCGCAAUGGUGUUGGAUCAGGAAUUAAAAAAACUUCCUUUCGAAGAGCAAAGUCAUAAACAAAUGUCCAAAACCACAGUCCCGAUUUUAGCAUCUGAUGUUUAACUUUGUGCUUAAAAUCAUUUUAAUGCAUUUCUAUGGUAGAACCAACAGAGACAAAUGUACCCAUGUCUUCAGCAUGUAAACAGAUGUUUAUUUCAAAGAGCACAAGCCAAGUGGAGCAGAUGGGAUUUCUCAGAAAGGGCUUUGUUUCCAAAGUUACAGUAUCAUAAAGUUUUGUAUUGAAAUGAAUGUUUUCAUUUGGUUAA